CUUUCGACAAAAAAGACAAACAUUCACCCUUACAUUACUCUACGCUAAACUCCACUCCACAACAACAUUUUCUAACAACCAAAACAUUUUCUACUAACCUUUUGCUUUUUCCCCCCUCUCUCUCUCUCUAGAUCGUUGUGUCGUGUUUCACUUCACUUCACUUCAGCUAUGCAGCAGCAUAAUGAGAUGUGUAUCCAAUGGCGCUUCUACUGACAAUGGUUCACUCUCACAACAACAACACUUCUGGGACCCAACACCAUCUCAAACCGGUCCUCCGUGAUUUUCUCGGCAUGAAACCAUCACCGUCACCCUCCUCCGCCGCUCCUACCCCUUUCUCCUCCACCUCUGAUACCGCUUCCGAAAAGCAGGUAUCAAAUCAUCUGGAGGGAGUUCCAUACUAUGGCCCAACAACUGAUUUUUCCGACAGACUAGUGGGGAACAAGAGAACUAGUUCUGAUUCCUCUUUUAUUGCUUCCUCUAGAGAUGCCUUCCAAUUGGGCCCUGAUUCCUUUCAAAAUUCACAUUUGAUGAAGGUUCUUCGACAUGUGUCUGGAGGAGAGAGAUCUAGAAGGCCUAAUGACGAUGAAGUGUUACUUGGUAUGCAGUCUAUGAAGCCAUCUUCUAGUUCGCAGAUAUUUCAUCCUCCCACCAGCACUAUGAUUGAUGGGAAUAAAUGGGAUCGGUCGAUUCUCAUGAAUGCUGGCCCUUCCAUGCAGCAUAUUCCGCGUGGAGGACAGAUGGCUCCUUUUGCACACCAGUUAGCUUCGAAUAAGAUUAGAGAUACCAAUGCCGGACCUUCGUUUAUCUCUCAGUUUGCUGCCGAUGAAGGAUCGAGAACUGGAAUCAAGGGCCCUGGACUUUUAAGUUCCGUAAACACAUCUGCUUCUGCUAGUGAUAAAGUUUCAUCUGCCGUGCUGCUCGGUGGAAGCAGGCCAAAGCCGUUAACUAAUGUUAUAGAAUCAUCCACUCCCCCAAGCAGUCAACAUGGGCUAACACCUGCCAGCCGCCAGAUGACUAUCUUUUAUGGAGGUCAAGCUCAUGUUUUUGAUGAUGUCCACCCACAUAAGGCAGAUGUUAUAAUGGCUUUGGCUGGGUCAAAUGGAGGAUCUUGGUCCACAGCAUUCUCGCCGAAAUCUGCUGCAAAGCUGGUUAAUGAUAGUAAUUUGCAUAGUGGAGAAAAUGAAGCAGGAUUAGUGAGUAAUGUACCAUUCCCGCAAGAGCUUCAUGGAAAGUUGCCUGUAACUGGCAGUUCUAGUCGUGCCGUUGGACCUGGUGACCGUGUAUCUACUCCAACCGGGGCACACCAAGGAAGCAUAUUUGCUAAAGACACAAGAAAUUCGAUUCAAGCAGCAGACCCCAGUUCCGAAGAUAAAAGAGCACUGUGAAUAGAGUUUGUCAAUGGAAGUCUCAAGAGGUUUUCAGUAUCAUCUUCUUUUGUCAAAUUUUCUCAUGAUCAUUCCAGCUCUUUUAGAAAGAUAAAAAAAGUUAUGUGAGGAGCAAAAGUAUGAUGAUUGUUUGAAAGGCCUAACAGAUACAUCAGCUAAAUUUAUGAAAUGUUCAAUUAAUAUCAAAAAAUAUUUUAUUUUGC